UGGCAGAAGCGCAUCAGGCUGUGGCGUUUCAGUUUACUAUCACUCCAGAUGGGAUCGACCUGCAGCUCUCUCAUCAGGCCCUGAGACAGGUCUAUCUGUCAGGCCUGCGGUCCUGGAAGAAACGUGUCGUAAGGCUGAAGAUGCCAGUUUGCAUGAUCCAAUCAAUUCCUGAUGGAUAGGACUUGACUACACACACACAAUUAGAUCACAAUAAGAGCAUUUAUUAAAAAUGUAAAUAGUACAUUUCAUUUCAUGUUGUAAUUAAUAAAUCUGUCUGUAAACAUAGUUUUCUAUGGAUAUUUGUGCAUGUUUGUGUGAUUUUUGUAUUGUAUGUAGUUUUUUUUCUUGUCCUAAGUUGAAAAUCUAACUUAACUCUUUAUCCAGCAUGAUUUGAAAGUUAUUAGUUUUCUUUUGUUUAUUCUGGGUGUCUGUCCUCAUUUUUCUCUUGCGUUCGUACAUUCCUUCUCUCGUACAGAACAACGUAAUCACUGGCGUGUAUCCUGCUAGCCCCUCCUCCUGGUUGUUUGUUGUCGUAGCCAUUUUGGCCACCAUGUACACCCGCUCGGACCCUUCAAUGGGCCUCAUUGCUAAAAUCCAGGAACACCUACCGGUCAGUGAUUCUUUGAGCAUGCAGUGUAGGACGGUGGUUUCUGCAGUGUUAUUCAGCACUGUCCUCUGGUUGUCUUUGAUCUUCACCAUGAGACUCUGUCUGAAGCAGUUACUGUCCUACCACGGCUGGAUGUUUGAACAACACGGGAAAGUGUCCAACACCACUAAAAUCUGGGCGGCCAUGGUUCGGAUCUUCUCUGGCAGGCAGCCUCUGUUGUACAGCUACCAAGGGUCUCUGCCCAACCUGCCCGUUCCAGCGGUCAAAGAUACAGUCAAGAGGUACCUGGAAUCUGCACGUCCACUGAUGAGCAAUGCUGAAUAUGAGCGGAUGGUGACUCUAGCCAAAGAUUUUGAGAGCAGUCUGGGGAAUCGUCUGCAGUGGUACCUCAAACUCAAAGCUAUGUGGGCCUCCAACUAUGUCAGUGAUUGGUGGGAGGAAUAUAUCUACCUGAGGGGGCGUAGCCCAAUUAUGGUUAAUAGCAACUACUAUGGAAUGGACUUCCUGUAUGUGACACCGACACCAAUUCAAGCGGCAAGAGCUGGAAACACACUGCAUGCUUGUCUCCUGUACCGCAGGAAACUCAACAGAGAGGAAAUCAAACCUAGUCGUGUUCCGGGUUUAAAUAUUCCUCUGUGUGCAGCACAGUGUGAGAGGAUUUUCAACACCACACGCAUUCCAGGAGAAGAGACGGAUUCACUGGUCCACUGGCAGGACAGCGAGUAUGUCGCCGUGUUCCACAGAGGACGAUAUUUCCGCCUGUGGCUGUACCACGCCGGCCGCAUAUUGUCUCCCAGAGAGAUCGAACACCAGAUUCAGCGUAUCCUUGACGACAUGUCACCCCCAGCGCCUGGAGAGGCCAAACUAGCAGCUCUGACUGCAGGGGACAGAAUCCCUUGGGCUCAGGCCAGGAAGGAAUUCUUUGGGGCAGGGGUGAAUAAGAGAUCUCUAGACUGCAUCGAGAAAGCAGCAUUCUUUGUUUCACUGGACGACGAUGAGCAAGGCAUGAUGGGAGAUGACCCAGCUGGCAAUUUGGAUCGCUACGCUAAGUCCCUGCUGCACGGCAGGUGCUACGACAGGUGGUUUGAUAAGUCCUUCACUGUGGUGGUGUAUAAAAAUGGGAAGAAUGGACUCAACGCUGAGCACUCCUGGGCAGAUGCACCUAUAAUGGCUCACCUGUGGGAGUACGUGAUGACUACAGAUUGUUUCCAGCUGGGUUAUAAUGAAGAGGGCCAUUGUAAAGGUGAGGUUGACUCUUCCUUGCCUCGACCUCAGAGAUUAACCUGGGACAUACCUGAACAGUGUCAGGAGCGUGUGGAACAGUCUUUAGCUGUGGCUCAGGCUCUAGCUGACGACAUCGACUUCCACGUGUUCCCUUUAGAAGACUUUGGCAAGGGUGCUAUCAAAAAGUGUAAAAUCAGUCCAGAUGCCUUCAUUCAAAUUGCAUUACAGCUGGCUUAUUAUAGGAACCGAGGCACAUUCUCUUUGACGUAUGAAGCAUCUAUGACUCGUUUGUUCCGUGAGGGGCGGACUGAAACCGUGCGUUCCUGCACCAGCGAGAGCUGUGCCUUCGUCAGAGCACUGGAGGAUGGAGAGAGUAAGGAGGUGUGUCGGCGUCUGUUCCGUUCAGCGUCUGAGAGACACCAGCAGCUUUACAGGUUGGCCAUGACUGGUGCAGGCAUUGACAGACACCUGUUCUGCCUCUACAUUGUCUCCAAAUACCUGGGAGAGGAGUCACCCUUCCUCAAAGAGGUGCUUUCAGAAACAUGGCGUCUCUCCACCAGUCAGACUCCUCUCCAGCAGGUGGAGCUGUUCGAUUUUGUCAAUCACCCAGACUAUACUACCUGUGGUGGAGGAUUUGGGCCGGUUGCAGAUGACGGUUAUGGCGUGUCUUACAUCAUCAUUGGAGAAAACAUGAUCAACUUCCAUAUUUCCAGCAAAUACUCCUGCCCUCAGACUGACUCUCAUUUGUUUGGAGCUCAGAUCAGGCAGGCCAUGAUGGACCUCCUGCAGUUGAUGUCACCAGACAAGACAGACCUAUCCAAACCUCAGCAGAACCACUCACAGAAACCCAAGAGCAAAAAAGACCUGUAGAGGUAGAACAGAUAGACCACAACAAGAAAAAAACAUGUGUGUGUGUGUGUGUGUGUGUGUGUGUGUGUGUGUGUGUGUGUGUGUGUCCAUGCUCGUUUGAAUGCAUGUUUGUUCAUCCGUACAAAUAUGCAUUCAUACAUUCCAUGCUUGUUGUAAAAAUGUGUCGAUGCCAUGAAGCCAUGAACAAUGUAAUGUAAUAAUGGUGGAAGCUGCUUCGUCGAAAACCGUGAGUUUAAAAAUAAAACUAUGAAAGAGGAUUAAAAUACAGAGGUAGUUUGAUAGCGCAAAACCUUUUGUGUUUACCGUGAGGGCCAGUUUCUUAGAUGAUAUAGAAUCAAUUUGGUCCUAAUUUUUAGAGUUUAUGAAGAAUCUAAAUUGUUAGCAUACAUUACCACCAGGGUGAUGGGAGUCUAAUGAUCAAACCUGUUAGCUUAAUAGUGUAAAAGACUGACGUAGGUUCAGAUCACAUGUUGAAUCGCUAUUCUACCUGCUGAGGAAGGCACUUAAUCGCAAGUUGUGGUGUUCUCUGCACUUAUAGUACUAUACAUCGCAUCCCAAUGGAAAUUCUCCAUUUUAACAGGUUAUGUUAAAGAGCACCUAUUAUGGUUUUUCAAAUAUUACCUUUCAUGUAGUGCGUUAUAUAGCUGUUUGUGAAUGUAAAAAAGUCUGCAAAGUUUCAAAAAUCAAAGUGCAGGACAAAUGGAGUUAUUGACUCCCAAAAGAAAGAACCGAUUCUGAACACCUGAAACGAGUCGUUAGUAAUUCCAGACUUACUUCCUGUACUAACCUACCUAAUUUGGUAACAAAAAACUUUGACCCGCCCUCAUACACUACACUUAGCGGUAGACCAAUCACAAGAGACUGGGACAUCUGACCAAUCAGAGCAGAGUAGGCUCUCUGAAAGGAGGAGUUUUAAAUGAAUCCUCUUGAACGGAUCAUUGAACGAGUCGUUUUUGACACUGGGAAAAAAGGUAAUGCUGCAAUUUAAAUUAUGAGCAAAUUAAAGUGUUUUUUGACCUUGGAUGCAAGUAAAUCUAUUGUAUGAGACCUUUAAAACAAAAUUAGGCACAUUUAAAAACCAUAAUAGGUGCUCUUUAAGGUGUAAGACUUUGAAUAACUUGACCUAGGACUAAAAUCCAGUGCAGUUUUACUUGAAUUCCAGAGCAGAACUACCAUAUAUUUUUCAGUUUUCAGUGACUAAUGACUUGGAAUACUACACUUGACUGUAGUUUUAAAAAUGAUUGUCCUGAUAAAUUGAAGAUGACAUGUUGAUCUCACUUAGUCAUAUUCAUUUUAAGUGUACAUUUUGUUUUAUUAUUUAAAAAUACAGUGUUUUUGACUCAAAUGUCAAUUUAAAACCAUAACUUUGUACCUACAAUGUAUUUAGGAACUUGGAGUUGGUUGUAUUUACCAAUGUGAGAAUGUCUAAUGGUAUCAAAAGAAAAUGAUGCCUGAGGAGAAAACAUAUACGCAACAACAUGUUUCUAUUAGUAUUUUCUAGAUACGCAGUUGAGCUCCGUUGUUGAAGGCCAGUUAGUUGCAAAUUUUGUUUACUUUGGUUGAAAAAAAAAAGAAUACGGAAGAGAAUUAAGGAAAUAUUUCAGAUUCGAAACGAGUUAAGCUCAAUCGGCUACAGUUGUGGCAUAAUAUUGAUUACUACAAAAAAUAAUUGAGGCUCGUCCCUCAUUUUCUUUCAUUUAACUUACAAUGGAAGUGAAUGGGGGCCAAUCCGUCAACAUUGAAAUACUCACUUGUUUUGAAAAUUAUAGCCACAAGACGUAAACAGUAUGAGUGUUAACAUAAUUUUAGUGUGAUAAAAUCGCUUACUAACCUUUUCUAUGUAAAUUAGCAUACAAUGUUACACCUUCGUUGCCAUGACGAUGUAACGCCAUAAUCCCAAAACGCCGAAAACUUUACAGCUCAAAUAAUACACCAUUUUUAACAGAAGAAUUAAUGUAAGUGCUUUUAUAAAAUUAUAAGCUUUACAUUUCGGCCUUUUAACCCUCCAAAAAUUGGCCCCAUUCACUUCCAUUAUAAGUGUAUAAUGUAACCUUGAUUUGUGCUUUUUAAAGAAAAGGAGGGACGAGUCAAAAUAAUUUUUUGUGGUAAUCAUCUUUGCCACAACUCUGUCAAUUAGCUUAACUUGUAUUGAACCCAGAAAAUUCAUUUCGAAGUAGUUGCACACACUUCUGAAUACCUCCUAUGGAUAUUUUGGUCCCAAAAUAAGUAGUUUUGGGUAAUAUUUUUGCCAUUCUGCUACUAGAGUUUAAAUUUUCCUUUCUGAUUGGUGACGUGGAGAUAAAUUUUGUCUUGAAUAAUACAGUAUGCAUUUAAUAGUGGUACGCAUUAAUAAAAAAUAAACAUUCCAUUGUAAAUGGGGAGUUUAAAAAAAAAUCAAAACUAAAGGGCAGGGCAUUUUGCCAUCUUUACAGUAAAUUAAAAAAAAAAACACAAAAAAAAACUUGAAAUUGAUUUCAUCUGAUAAAGAUCUCCAUUAAUACAGUUAGACAUGUGAUAUGGACCAUAUGAUGACUAUUAACAGUUAUAUGUUUGAACCAAAUUGUUGCAUGUUGAAACAACAUGUAGGUGGUUAGUUAAUGUGUUUUCACAAGGUAAAGGAAUGGGAUUUUAUUUGGAAAAUAUCACAGCCUGUUUCAUACAUCGAAAACUCACUAUAAUCAAUCUACAAUCUACAUCGAAAAGCAUUUCAUGUUUCUGAUCUUGCUGUUAGUCCUCUGCGACCUCUGCCUAAUAGCAUUGAAGUGUUGCCAUUACAAUUUAAGAAGAACAAAAUAGUAUUUGAAAUGAAGGAGCAAUGUUAACAUUUAGGCAAGGGCUGUUUGACUUUGGUUACCAUUUUGAUUUCCACUUUGCAGUCCUUUGGCAGCUAUACCUGUGGGCAGUAUGAUACUCUAUCUGUGGUCUCGGUUGCAUCCUCAUUAUUCAGCUGUUGUUACAAUAUAAAGUUGCCUUUCAAGUGCAUGAUUUCUUGGUUCCACAUCUUAUAUGGUCAAUGUGGAAAUAUUGAUAUAUACUUCAAAACAAUGUGCUAUCUUUUUCUGUACUGCCUAACACUGCUUAUACACCUUAAACUGUAUAUCUGACUUUUCAAACCUCACUUGUGAUUUUUAUUAUUUUUGUUAUUACUACUGUUGUCAGUUUUCUAAUAAUUAACUUGAAACUGAAAACAGUAACAAUUGCAAGAGUUUGUGUAGUGCUGAUAUUAGUCUGGAAAGACAAUGUUUUACCUCAUCUGUCUUAUGAAUGUUUAUUCAUUCUCCUGGGCCAGUACUGUAUUCUGUAUCUGCUCGCCUUUUCUCACAUUUGGUUUCAGAUAUAUUACUGUGCACUGCAGAGCUUUACACUUUCUCUUGUACUCGAUUGUACUUGGCAAUUCGUCCUUCCUUUACAAUUUGUUUGUAAAAGAAAAGGAAGACAAAAGGUCAAUUUUUUAAUUAAACAUGGUUCAAGCACA